UGACAGGGCUUGGAUAGGUCGACAUCAGCCUCACCCGUUGUCGAGCAGAGAGUUCAUUUCCUGAAACUUUCCCCCCCCCCUCUCUUUCCUCCCACCGGACUGACGGAUGUUUACACUUGAUUGAGACCCAAGUUUCACCAGUUGCAAUCUGUACUCUGAUUUCGCUGCGACCGAUUGGCAGAGGGGUGAUUUCGAAGAUAGAAUAGCCCCUUUAAAACAAAGCUCUCUCUCUCUCUCUCUCUCUCUCUCUCAAUGUGCAUUUGUUUUCUUUUUGGAGAGCCUCUUGAUUGGGAACUGAGAUACUCACGUGUGCAGGGCGAGGGGAUAUUAAUAAACAUCUCAUCGGUGUGGAGUUGGACAGUAGUCACGGACCUCACACGGGGGCACGGGUCGCUAUUGUGGGGAACUGAGUGCCCCGAGACGGAUGGUUGCUGCAGCCCGUGUUGGUUUUAAAGACGCCGUGGGACUUUCAGAAGGAGGAGGCAACUUAGCGGCUUCCUCCCUUUCACAACCCCCGUCCCCGACCCAAGGGUGCGCGGUGCGGCUGACAACAAGGGCGCAGGUCCAGGGCUCGGACCCGUCCCUCCCUGCCUCACCAUCCACCAGGAGAUCCCAUGGGAAGCACGGCCGUGGACACCAGCAAAAAGAAAGGGGGGAUGAAGAGGAACAAGCGGCGUAUGUUGCGCCUGAAUAUCCCGGAUCUCAGUUCCUUUGCUAUGCCUUUCCUGGAUGGAGAUGUAGAAUCCUCCGAAAAAGAUGUUUCUCAAAAGGGAGAAGACAGUUCCCACACCUGUGGCAGCCCCUCCAAAGGAUUUUUUUCCCGGAACUUUUACCAUCGACCGUCCAGUCCUGUCUCCGCCCCAGUGAGAGUGAAGCAAAGCCCUGGCUCCCCAAAAACAGUGUUCCCUUUUCCCCAAGACUCUUCGCCAAAGUCUCCCCGACGAAUGAGCUUCAGUGGCAUAUUUCGCUCAACAUCAAGGGAUUCCUCUGGCAGCUCCACCUCUACCUCUCCCGUCUCCAUGAAGUUUUUCUCCAGGUCCAGGAAAGCCUCAGGACUCUCUACUCCCUCCACGCCGAUACAAUCGACCAAGCCAGCCUUUCCCCUGGAAUCGUAUAAACAGGAGCCUGAACGCCUGGACGCUCGAACUCGUUCCUACUCAUCUCCACCGGACUCGGGCCAGAGGUUUACCGUCCCUCCCUCAGCUGUGGCUCCGCCUAAGCCUCUUGCCCCCCUCACCAGCUCCAAUGCUACCUCGAAAGCAGUGCAAGGCUCGGUGGAAGGCAUGCUGGAGAAGCUGGAGCUGGACGAUGAAGCUGAAGAGUCUGACAGUGAUAUUUAUAUGAGAUUUAUGAAAUCCCACAAGUGCUAUGACAUCGUUCCCACCAGUUCAAAGCUUGUCGUAUUUGAUACUUCAUUGCAAGUGAAGAAAGCCUUCUUUGCUUUGGUGGCAAAUGGCGUUCGAGCAGCCCCGCUUUGGGAAAGUAAAAAGCAAAGUUUUGUAGGAAUGUUAACCAUAACAGACUUCAUAAACAUACUGCAUAGAUACUACAAGUCACCUAUGGUACAAAUCUAUGAACUGGAGGAGCAUAAGAUUGAAUCAUGGCGAGAGCUGUAUUUACAAGAAACAUUUAAGCCUUUAGUGAACAUAACACCAGAUGCAAGCCUUUUCGAUGCAGUGUAUUCGCUCAUUAAGAACAAAAUCCAUCGGUUGCCCGUAAUCGACCCCGUCAGUGGAAAUGCACUUUAUAUCCUCACUCAUAAAAGGAUUCUAAAGUUCUUGCAGCUUUUUGUCUCUGAGAUGCCAAAGCCUGCCUUUAUGAAGAAAACACUGGAGGAACUUGGAAUAGGAACGUACCUUAAUAUUGCCUUUAUCCAUCCAAACACGUCCUAUAUACAAGGCCCUGAGUAUAUUUGUAGACAGGAGAGUUCUGCAUUGCCUGUCGUGGAUGAGUCAGGGAAGGUUGUAGAUAUUUAUUCCAAAUUUGAUGUUAUAAAUCUUGCUGCUGAAAAGACGUACAAUAAUCUGGACAUCACCGUAACCCAGGCACUACGGCACCGCUCACAGUAUUUUGAAGGGGUUGUGAAGUGUCACAGGCUGGAAGCACUGGAGACAACAGUGGACAGAAUAGUUAAAGCUGAGGUCCAUCGGCUUGUAGUGGUUGAUGAGAGAGACAGCAUUGUGGGAAUCGUCUCAUUGUCUGACAUUCUGCAGGCUCUUGUUCUCACGCCAGCAGGUAUAGAUGCACAAUAUUCCUAAUCUCCUGGAGUCUGACCUCUGACCCCUUCCUCUAAGCACUCAGGUUCUGUAAGAAAGGAAAGUAUUUCAGAAUGACAGAUUACAAUAGAACAUGGAAGAUUGCUGAUGAGAAUGCUUUGAAGCUUCUUAUUCUGUUCUGGGCCAGAUGAACACUGACUACAGCAGAGAAGAGAAGGCACAAGAUUGUGAAAUCACGGAAGUGAAAUGGUUUAAUCAAACACUGUAGCUGGAUCUGAAAGGCAUUUGUGACAAUAUCUGAAACCAAACAUGUGAUCUUGCUCACUGAAUAGCUAUACAGAUACAGCUGUAAUGUUGCAGUUAAGACUGAAAGAAUUUAUUUUGCAAAAAACUAUUAGCAACUAUACCUAAAAGAUAUUUUUUAAAUGUGUUAAAGCCAGAGCAAUUCAAAUGGCUAUUUAUUUCCACAGUUUGUUAGUAUGUUUUUCAUGACAUGGAGUGAAAUCCAACAUACUACAUAAGUGUGAAUUCUCAUGAAAAACUUCAAACUUAGUUUGGACCUGCUAUGGCAGUUACCUGCCCACACGUACACCAUAAUCCUCCAAUUCAAUAGGAGCAUGCAGUGAGAACUGUUACUGUACUGUACUGUAAAUAGAAAGUUAUUGAGGGAAAACGUGCCAGAGAAAGGUAUAUUUUUAGGUGUGUGAAAAUGUAAAAUUAUGUUUGUACGAUUGCACAUUUAAUUUUUUUGUAAAUUAUAUUGUUUUCAUAUGGCUGCAAGAAUGGGGGGGGGUGUUGUCCAUGUAAAUGCACAAAGGCAUGAAGAUGACGCUAUAUAUAUAGGUUUUUGUGUUUGGAAGAGAGGGAAAAAAGAAUAGUUUUUGCUGCAGUAAAUAUUUGAUGGGCAUGAAAGGAAACACUUGUGGCAAAACUUUGUUAAAGUAAUAAUGCACUUUAAAACAUGGCCAUUCAUUGUGUAGUAAAUUAACACAAGUGACAGAAGCAGAAAUUUAUAGACCGCUGUCUUUCCCCCCUCCCCCCCCCCCCACCAACCCCGCUUAAACAUUUGCAGUUUCUUGUUAGUGGGUAAAACGUAUACUUAACCAGAUUACCAGAUUCUUGCACAGAUCAAAAUGCCAACAAAAAAUAUAUAUAUUCAGGAUUGAUGCCAUCUCCUGCUAACUGACAGUGAUGAGGGGAGGCCAGGCUUCGAAUCUGUUGAGGUCUGAAUUAAUUGUUUGGUUGACUCUGAAUCUUGCAUUCUCUUCCUUCUGCCCUCCCACCACUGCCCCCCCCCCCCCAAAAAAAAUUACAAAAAAUAAUUAAUCAUUGGUGGUGAUUGAGUAAUGUCAGUGAAUUCUAUACUUUUGCUAUAGUAAGGAUUGUGUAAUAAGUGAAUGGGUGUGUGUAUGACAAGAAUGUGUAGUAUCUCUGAAUACCUUGCUGAAACCUUGAAGCUAAAAAUGCCGCCGUCCUCUAUAAAUGCUUUGAGUAGAGGACCUUUUCUAAAUAAAAAUAGCUCAUGCCAGACCAAUAUUACGUUCUUGGCCUUUUGAUCUGAGUUGAAGAAGUUAACAUCACAUAGUUGCAAUUUAAGUGCCAUUAAAAUGAUUCAAUCUAAAGGUGAUGUGAACUGAUUCUAAAUGUAGCUUAUUAAAACAUUUCUUGUAUUAUACUUUGAAUGCUGUCCUGCAUUACUUCAGUGCAUUAUCUUAUGUAUACAGUAUUGUACAUUGUUAAUGUUGAAUAAAGAAGGUUUAAUUGCCA